GACUUUUGCUUUCCGGUUGCGAUCAUUAUACCUUGUCGUCGCUUUCUUUGGAGCACUGCUUUAUAGACGAACGUGGGCACAAUAUACGCCGAAGCCAGCGUAGAGUGUCGAUCCUCCCAGCAGAGGCACCGGAGAACCGCAGCACUAUGUCGCCCGCCAUGACUGCUUCGGUUGCGUCUCUGACUGUGCUUCUUUUGGCUACGUGUGGCACCGACGCGAGGCUGGACGUGCUUGUAAGCUCCAGGCGGAGGCAACAGACGUGUUUUGCCGAACCGCGGUCGCCCAGCAUAGGAGACCGGGCGCUCUGCCCGUACACCAGGACCGUCGACGUGAAGUACGGUCGAAUUCCGACCACCAUUCCGACGGUGACGUGCAAUUGCCCCGGCAGUCGAUGCAGUCAGACGGGCGACUUUCACUGCCAAGAGAUACGCGAGGAACUCCAGGUUGCCUACAGGGAACACGCCAGACGAACGACAUUACGAAACGAGACGUUUACGUUUGCCUGUGCUUGCAUCACCACCCAAGCGAGGCAGGCAGCGUUAGAACGGCUGACAAGGGUCCACGACCAAUACGGCAACCCCUACGGCGGACAAGUGCGAGAGCUAUGGCGAAAGUACGCAGUGAGGCCGUACAGGAGGCUUCGAGGAUUUCUCGGUGCACCUACUGCGGUACCACAGCUGGCCCAUGCUCCGGAGCACCAACUUCAAGCUUAAUACGAACCGUGAAUGCAUCGUUCGCCUAUAUACAGUGUGCUUGUGACGUUGGCGUGGGCUGCGGUUAGACGUGGAACUGUUUAUAAAAUUCACU